GCUCGCUAGCUUGCCAUGGCCAGGCUAGCAUAGCUGCCGCCGGUAUACAGUUCGCCAGUACCGCUGCCGGACGCGCUACCGUCGCUGAACCAAAGCUUUCACGAGCCCGCAUUAAAGGACACACCGGAGCUCGCAUUCAUGGCUCCUUUCACAUGGUAGAUGGCUCACAUUUACUCCCGCCACAGUACCCUGCGUCUCCUUCCUCCAGCUAUAUAUCGCCCACCCACCGCGCCAUCCUCGAUAUCGAUACACCUCAGUUUCUAACUCUGCUCAGCAAGUUCGACAGAUUGCCAAGAAGAGUGUGAAAGAUCGAGAGUUGAGCUCCGGCCAUCGUCCAGGACGAUGGACGUGAACGACGUGCUGCUGCUGGUAUCAGCGGCGGUGCUGGGCUUGGUAUGGUGGCGGCGGUGCUCCAAGACGGGCGGCGUGGACGGCCUCCCGCCUGGCCCGCCGGGGUGGCCGGUGGUGGGCAACCUCUUCCAGGUGAUCCUCCAGCGGCGCGCCUUCAUGUACGUCGUCCGCGACCUCCGCAAGAAGUACGGGCCCAUCUUCACGAUGCGCAUGGGGCAGCGCACCCUGAUCGUCGUCACCGACCCCGACCUCAUCCACGACGCGCUCGUCAAGCAGGGCCCCAUGUUCGCCAGCCGCCCCUCCGACAGCCCCAUCCGCCUCCUCUUCAGCGUCGGCAAGUGCACCGUCAACUCCGCGCCCUACGGCCCGCUCUGGCGCGCGCUGCGCCGCAACUUCGUGUCCGAGAUCGUGUCCCCGCCGCGGGUCAAGGGCUUCUCGUGGAUCCGGGAGUGGGCCAUGGGCGCCCACCUCCGCCGCCUCCGCGCCGAGCACGCCUCCACCGGCGCCAUCCGCGUCAUGGCCAACUGCCGCCUCACCAUCUGCAGCAUCCUCGUCUGCAUCUGCUUCGGCGCCAAGAUCCCCGACGACCUCAUCGUGGAGAUCGAGGAGGUGCUCAAGGAGGUGAUGAUGAUCUCCCUGCCCAACCUGCCCGACUUCCUGCCCCUCCUCACGCCGCUGUUCCGGCGCCAGCUCAACGACGCCAGGGCCCUGCGCCGGCGGCAGCUCAACUGCCUCCUGCCGCUCGUGCGCGCGCGGCGGGAGUUCCUGCAGACCGGCGGCAACGCGUGGAAGGAAGGGGAGGGGAACAGGGUGGUCGGCGGCGUGGAGAUGAUGAGCCCGCCCGGCGAGGCGUACGUGGACUCGCUGUUCGACCUCGAGCCGCCGGGCAGAGGGAAGCGACUCGGCGAGGAGGAGCUCGUCACGCUCUGCUCCGAGGUCAUGAGCGCUGGCACUGACACCAGCGCCACCGCGCUGGAGUGGGCAAUGAUGCACUUUGUUCUUGACCCGGCGGCGCAGGAGAGGGUCUACGACGAGGUCAUCUCCAAGGCCGGAAAGACCGCACGGAUCACCGAGGCUGACGUCGAGCAAAUGCCUUACUUGCAGGCGGCGGUGAAGGAGACGUUCCGGCGGCACCCGCCGAGCCACUUCGUGCUCUCGCACGCGGCGACCAAGGACACGGAGCUGGGCGGCUACCGCAUCCCCGCCGACGCGAGCGUGGAGUUCUACACGGCGUGGGUGACGGAGAACCCGGAGACGUGGCCGGACCCUGACGCGUGGCGGCCGGAGCGGUUCCUGGAGGGCGGCGAGGGCCACGACACCGACAUCACCGGCACCCGCGCGCUCCGGAUGAUGCCAUUCGGCGCCGGCCGUCGCAUCUGCCCCGCCGCCACGCUCGGCGUGCUCCACAUCCAGCUCACGCUCGCCAACAUGAUCCGGGAGCUCCGGUGGACGCCGCCCGCCGGAGAGGGGCCGCCCGAUCCCACCGAGACCUUCGCGUUCACCGUCGUCAUGAAGCACUCCCUCCGGGCCGGCAUCGUCGAGCGCAACCAGACGCCGCUCCCGGUGGCCGUGAAUUGA